UGUUGCUGUUGCUUAAUACCAUAAUGGCUGGCUGUCUGUUGGAUGCUUUUGCCAACACCACUUCUAAUGCAUUUCUACUAUGCACUUAUACAAAGGCCUUAUGACACAUGCAGAUGCAGGCUUACUAAAAGUGGACUCUGGACACUUGGAAACUUGUCCCAUGCUCACGCUUCUCUUCACACUUGGUUCCACUUCAUUUCGACACUCAGCCGUCAUUAAUCCGUACUUUGGUGCUCUGGGAGUUUCUAUUUCCUAUUAUGGCAAUAACUUCAGCAUGUUGACUGAUUACCAUGGAAACAGGCAGUCAGCAUCCUUGACAGAUGAGUGAACUCUUGGUCUGGGGGAUGACCCCCGCGAGGACUGGGCUCUAGCGGAUUAGAUGUUUCCAUGUUCCAUGUUAUUACAUAAUUAGUAAUAAUUUUUCCUCAACAGCUAUUGAGAAGCAUUCACAGGAGCCAUAGAACAGAGCAAACAUCAGCGGAAUAUAUCCCAGAUAGAUGUUACAAUCAAUAUUUAUAAAAAGCCAGAUUUUUUUUUUAAAAUUUACAUUAUAAUGUAAUCUGUGCAACCUACUGUAGGAUAGUUGCUCAUACAGAAGAUAACCAUAAAACAUGAAGAAGCAAUCAAAGCUAUUACCAACAAAAUUAAACUAUGAUAUUAAAAUUUAACCCAGUCUUUUAUUCCAAUACAUAGAGGAAACCAUCAAAUCCAAUAGCGUGCAGACAUUAAGAAAAACUCACUAACUAAAACUUUUAGGGUUGAUAAAAUAAAGAAAUAUGACUUCCCAGCAAUGGAAAUUUUACAAGAAAAAUGCUGCUCUUGAAGGAAAUAUGGAAAAAGUUACACUACUCACAGUAUUCAUCCUUGAAUCAAGUGUAAAAGAUAGAAUGUUUGUCCAGAAAAUGCCUCAUCGAUAUCCAGCAUAGUCAACUACAUAUCCAGCUGGUUUCGGUGCACGACCAUGGCAAAGACAAUCUGAGCACUUGUUAUGGGUUGCGAAUGUUCAGGUUACCUACCAACUUGCUCAAAGGAUGGCCUUGCUCAUUCAUGUCUGCCACUGUAUUUAAAGAGAGACCAGAAAGGGUAUUCCUGCCCCCAGCCCCUGUCAGACAGAGCUCAGUUAGCAUCGUGCAGAUGCAGCAGUUUGACAUAAUGAACCUGUCCUUAGAAAACUUUAAAGAUAUUUUUAGAGUGAUUUGAAAUGCUUGUUCUUUAUGGAGGUAGUGUGCUUUUGAUGGUAAUUUAAUGUUUUAACAACACAAAUAAAUACAAAGAAAUGUACAUACUACCUUACACAAACUCAAUACAAAUAUACUUUUUCAACCACAUUUGCAUCAACAGAUAUUUUGCUAAUUGCUGUCAAAUUGGGCUAUGAAACAGAGUCAAUAAAAUUCAAGGUAAAAUUACACAAAGCUACGGUACAGUAAAUAGAUGAGGUAAGACUGCUGUUCUCUUUGACAGGAUGCCCGUACAUGGAACUAUAUCUGACUUUAGAAAAACCCUGGUCUGCAGAGAUGAUGGGAAUGGGAAUGAUUAGGCCACUCUACAGUACAGACAUUGAUAUUCACAUUAGUCAUUAUUUCCAGUAGAUACGAUUUAGAUUCAUUGUUUAUUUUACUAAAAUGUGUCAUUCAUGUUCAGUCUUUGGGGCCAUCUUGAAGUAGUGCUGAGCAUGUAAGACAGAAUUUAACUUAAAAUUCCCACAGCCCAUCCAAAUAUGAAGCGAUAUCUGAAUAUGAAUGUAUUAACCUCUGAGGCUCUUUGACAGGAACGGUGUGCCAAGGUCACAGCAGCACAUGAAACCAAGACCAACAAAUUAUCCUGCAUUCUUAGCAUAUUGUGAACUGGCUGCUACUUGACAAAGAUUGCCAAAAUAACAUGCUGCAAUCCAGAGUAGCUGCCAAUACAAGCACUAUCUGUGCUUUUCAUGAUAUUUAGUAUCCGUGCAAUAUUGAGCUUAUUCCAUACUCUCUCCCUCUUUGGAAUCUCCCCCUCUGGAAAUAAUGUAAAUGAAUGUGAAAUGUUGCUUUUGUUGGAUCAUAAACACAAAUGUAUGUGUAUGUGUCUUGAUUAAUCAGGUUUUUCUGUGAAAUAAACCUGAAAAUAGGACACAAUACUGAUGAUGAUUCCAGAAGUUAAGUACUGUAGAUAAAAGUGAGGUAUUUUAAAACAAACAUGAACUAUUUGUCAACAGCGUUUUGCUUGGUUGCUUUCUGGCAAAAGUGGUGUUUUAUUUUUAGGUCUUGAAGGGUUUCAUGUAAAAAACAUCAUACAUUCAAAACACCCUAACAAUCACUCUGACAAUUGAGUCAUAGAAAUAAAGAUAAAAAAUCUUGAUAUGAGUUGGAAGUACUGUCCUUGAGAACGCAUUUAUAAAAAGCUUAAGAAUGUCAUGUGAUCUACUAGUUCAGUGCACGACAAUAACAAAUGUUACUGGGAACAUGACAGAACAUUGUAGAUGACCAUUUUAUAUAUUAUAAUUCACUGUUCACAGCUAAUGGCAGUAACUGAGUCCAGUGAAAUGCAAAUCUUUUUUUUGCUGAAUAAUGAUUAACAAUGGUGUGAGUAACUGUGUAUGUUGUCCAGCUCCACUUCACUGUUGCAACAUUUAGCUUCCUGUCAACUCUGGAGAGCAGAGCAAAAUGAAAUUCAGCAGCAUACUGUCAGAAAUCAAUGGGUUUGGGAAAUUCCAAAUCCAGCUAGUUUUGAUUCAGCUGUUCUCUCGAAUUACUCUGCCAUGCCACUUCCUGCUGAAUAACUUCAUGGCAGCCGUUCCCUCUCACCACUGUAACAUCACUGCACUGGAUGAUGGUGGCGACUUCAGGAAUUUAACUCUGGAACAGAGACUGGCUGUUGGUAUACCGACAGAGUUAGAUGGCACUCCAAGCUCCUGUCUAAUGUUUUCUAAGCUGCAAUAUCAGCAUCUUUCAGGCUCGAACAGUAGUGAGGAUACAUUUACUGUUCAGUGUCAGGAUGGAUGGGUGUAUGACAACAGAACAUUUAAAUCUACCCUGGCAACAGAGUGGGAUCUGGUUUGCAGCAGAAAAGGGAUGAAUAAGGCAACAGCCACCAUUUUCUUUAUUGGUGUUAUGUUAGGUGCCCCUUUAUUUGGAUACCUCAGUGACAGGUUUGGCCGUCGGCCGCUGCUCUUGGUGUCUUAUUUGUCAUCCAUGACCUUUGCAAUCCUAAGUGCAUUCUCUACAUCAUAUAUAAUGUUUGUCAUCAUGAGAUUUUUCACAGGGAUGUCACUCGCGGGAAUAAGUAUCAUCUCUAUUGUUUUAAAUAUUGAAUGGUUCAGCGUUGAACACAGGACCUUUGCUGGUGUAAUUAUAAGCCUGGAUUGGACAGUUGGAAACUGGCUUCUGGCAGGAAUUGCGUAUUGUAUUAAUGAAUGGAGGAUGCUCAUUCUGGCAGUGACCUCACCCCUCAUACUGUCUGUUAUUGCUUGGAGGUGGCUUCCAGAGUCUGCAAGGUGGCUCUUGGCAAAUGGGAAAGCAGAGGCUGCUCAUCAUUACAUCACGAAAUGUGCUGAGAUGAACAACAGAGCCAAGCGUAUGGCCACAGUCACACCAAAGGCAUUACUGGACUCCACACAAGCUGAAACUAAAGAUAAAAAGUACUCAUUUGUAGAUCUUUUCAAGACCCCAAAUAUUCGGAAACGUUCUGUUUGCUUAGGGAUUGUAUGGUAUGGAGUUGCAUUUACGUACUAUGGGAUUAGUCUGAACAUCACAGGGUUUGGAUUAAACCCAUACCUCACGCAAUUAGUAUUUGCGUCCAUCGAAAUGCCAAUGAAGAUCGGUGUAUAUUUCUUCCUGGAGAAAGUUGGUAGAAGGCCUGGAGAGAUGGUAGCCCUGCUGUCAACUGGUCUCUGUAUUUUCAUCAACAUUUUUGUCGCAAAAGAUAGGCUGGUUAUUCGUACUGUUGUGGCAGUCCUUGGAAAAGCCUUGUCAGAGGCGUCUUUCACAAUCGCAUACCUCUACACAACUGAACUCUUUCCUACGGUCGUACGACAGAAUGCUGUAGGCUACACUUCGUUUGUGGCACGGCUGGGCGUGUCCGUAUCUCCGCUUAUCAUGCUAUUGGAGGACGUGUGGCAUCUCCUCCCUGCAGCCAUUUAUUGCACAGUGGCAGUCGGAUCUGGUUUAGUGACCUCACUCCUGCCCGAAACAUCAAACACGAGAUUGGCUGAGUUCAUUGAGGAUAUUGAGAAACCAAGGGAGCAGUCAACAAGAAAGAAGGAGAUUCAAUGAAAAUCACACCUGUUGAUACAGAGAGUGAUAUUUAACCGAUCCACGGUAUAUUUGUUGCACAGUUUAUAGACAUUUUGAUUUCAGCAUUUAAACACUGCUGAAAUCCAAAUAAACUGCCUUUCAGUAUUUUACAGAUUUCACAGAAAGGUGUACUGUUGAAAUCAGGUACAAUGACAGGGAGGUGUAAAUGUAGAUGUGCCUGUGUUGACAAUAAAGUUGAAUUAAAUGAGAAUACAACUAUUGAUUGUAUUGGAAUUAGACUUUUUAUAGUCACAUGCAUGAUUAAGUGUUAUGUCCUGCUUUCAUGGUACAGGGUAUACUGUAUAUCAGACUGUGCAGAUACACACUGGUGGUCCGCAAAGGAUAAGCAUAUAUCGAUAAUGGAUGGAUGGAGGGGUUGAUGUAAUUUGCCUGAUUAUGUAUGAAUACAAUUACAAACACAUGACUGAAAUUGUAUGUUCUUAUGACAGUUUCCCUAAUAUUUCAGAGUGAACAAUCAGAUCAGAUUAAGAGUACAUUGUGUAGCAUUUAGGGGGUUAGGGUUAUGUUGCAAUACUACAGAACAGGCAAACUAAACUCUGGCUCUAGAGAGAGCCUGUCACACACAAACUGGAUCUUUACACACACUGUGAGAUAUUCAUAUGUAAUGACAAGAGGGCAAACAAUGAUUAUGGAGAGAGUGAACAGUCCAUAGACGCUGAAUCUGUUUGUGUAGCCUGCUUGACUCGUUAAUCCUUUAUGAGGUUUGUGAAAGUCAGAAUCUAUGGCCCCAAUGAUGGCUCUGAAAUAUCAAUAGCCCGACUGUGCUGUAUAUUGAUAAAUCCAUUAUACUGUCCAAUGUGCUGAAGUAGCAUCAGAUUUGCAGUUGUUCCUUUUUCUAAUAGUACCGCCCUUCUGUCAGUUUCAUGUUAAACACAUUUUCUGAAAGAGUUUUUGAGCAAUUUUUCAGUACUCUAGUCAAAACUCCAAAGAUUUCUUGCAGAAUAAAAUGCUGCUCUUAAAACCAUGUUAUCACUUGU